AGUGGCAGCAGCAGAGACAUCGGCAGCAGCAGCAGCAGCAGAGAAGAGAAAUCAACAUCGUUGUGAACUUAUGUAGACAGCAAAAAGUUGACGCCAUAGGCCAGACGAGAGACGGGAGACAAGAGCCAAGGUUUCUGCUCCCUUGGCCCAUUGAUUGGAUAAUUGAAAUAAUCUCGAAUCACAGCAGCAGCAGCAAAAGAAUUAUUAACAGCAGUAUUAACAAAAGCAAACGUCGAAAUAGACCGUAAUCGUUAUCACACAAAAAAAAAGCAAAGCAAAGCAAAAGCAAGCUGAGCAGCAUGUCCUAGUAUUAGUUGACGAAUAGCUUGAGUUUGUGGGUGGAAACGUGGGCAAAUAUUUUUGCAGAGCAGGAGAAAUUCGAGUUGCAAAAGAAGCCGGAGCAGCAGGAGCAGCAAAUGCGUCAGCAUGGCGUCCGGAGACGACACCAUUGACAUGGACAGCUCCUCAACAUCGCAGGCGAAACUGGCGGAACCGAAUGCCUCCACCGACCAUGUGGGUAACUCGUCACCCGACCUCGGCAAUCGGCCGUUGCGGGAGCGACAGGUCAACAAGACGGACAAGGAGCGCAAGCUUGGACAUCGACGUGUUGGCGAAGGUGGCGAGAUUACCUACAAGAAGAUACAGACAUCGCAGAUUAUGGGCUCCAUACAGCUGGGAAUACAGCAUACAGUCGGCAGCUUGGCAUCGAAGCCCAAACGUGAUCUACUUAUGAUGGACUUCUGGGAAAUCGAGAGCAUUACGUUUCCGCCAGAGGGUUCUAGCCUUACACCUGCCCACCAUUAUAGUGAAUUCAGAUAUAAGAUCUAUGCACCCAUCGCUUUUCGUUAUUUUCGUGAUUUGUUUGGCAUACAGCCAGAUGAUUUUAUGAUGUCUAUGUGCACUUCGCCUUUGCGCGAAUUAUCGAAUCCUGGUGCUUCCGGCUCUAUAUUCUAUUUGACGGACGACGAUGAGUUCAUUAUCAAAACGGUGCAACACAAAGAGGGUGAAUUUUUACAAAAACUACUGCCUGGUUACUAUAUGAAUCUGAAUCAAAAUCCGCGCACGUUAUUGCCGAAGUUCUUCGGUCUCUACUGCCUGCAGACGAGCAAUGCCAAAAACAUUCGAUUGGUGGUCAUGAACAAUCUGCUGCCAUCGGCGGUGCGAAUGCAUCUGAAGUACGAUCUCAAGGGUUCGACGUUCAAGCGCAAAGCAUCGAAAGCGGAGCGUGCCAAGAAAUCGCCAACGUACAAGGAUCUCGACUUUAUGGAACAGCAUCCCAAUGGCAUAUUCCUCGAGGCGGAAACCUAUUCGGCCCUCAUCAAAACCAUUCAGAGGGAUUGCACAGUGCUCGAAUCCUUCAAGAUUAUGGACUAUUCGCUGCUGCUGGGCGUGCACAAUUUGGAUGUGGCACUCAAGGAGAAGCAGAGUGAGCACCGGAAGCCGAUGAAAGCACCGCUUGCCGAGGACUCAGAUGUGGAUGAACCGCUUGAGGAGUCAGACGCCAGGGAUCGAGACACGGCAACGGGCAUUAGCAGAAAUAAUGUGGCAUACAGAUCGGUGAAUCGACAGCGACUCGUGGCACACUCGACGGCCAUGGAGAGCAUUCAGGCGGAGAGCGAGCCCAUCGACGAUGAGGAGGAUGUGCCACCUGGUGGCAUUCCAGCACGCAGCGAGAAGGGCGAGCGUCUGUUGCUCUACAUUGGCAUCAUUGACAUCCUUCAGUCGUACAGGCUCAAGAAGAAGCUGGAGCACACAUUCAAAAGCAUCAUACACGAUGGCGAGACCGUCUCGGUGUGUCGACCCUCGUUCUAUGCUCAAAGAUUUCAGAACUUUAUGGCCAAGACCGUAUUCCGCAAGAUACCAUCGCUGGAUCUCCCAGAGAUCAAAGGAAAUCACAGAAAAUUUCGUACCUUGGUAACCAGUUAUAUAGCUCUAAAGCAUUCGCCGUCGAAGAGAAAAAGUCUCUCCAAGGCCAUACAACGCUCCAUCGACAGCGAGAACGAGGCCAUCCGACCUUCGCAUUCCCACAGUAGCGGCAAAAUCCAUCAGCCAACGAAGACGCCAACCACAGAGCCCACGUCCGCGGGCACAAGCUCGGAAAGGGAACGCGAACGGGAUCGGGAUAGAGACCGGGAUCGUGAUCGCGAUCGAGAGAGCGGACGUCACUCGAGUGCCGCUAGCCAGAGCAAUGUGCCACCGCCAGUGCGGCAACGUGCGUCCACCUCCGGAUCGGCAGCUGCUCCAGCGGCGAGCAGCAACCUGAAGGCGCGUGUGCCGCCGCCAGUGCCACCGCGAGGAUCGCCGCGGCGCAAGGACACACAGGACAGUCGGGCACACUCGACCACGCCAGGCACAACUCCAUCAUGCAGUUCAACACCUCCCCCUGCCUUUGACGACAUCUCCGAGGACAGUUCGAACAAGAACAGCACAUCGUCGAUGGGUCGCAGGUCGCAUCAUCAUCAUCACCAUCAGCAACAGCAGCAGCAGCAGUCGAGUCAGUCCACUCAUUACUAUCAGCAACAGCCACAGUAUUUGGAUCGUAAAAUGAACAUUGGUCCCGCCUAUCGAGGCUCCUACAAGGAGGAUAUCGUUAGCGUUUCGGAGGUGCAUUUGGACACGUUUCUGGCGGUGGACACAUCGUCGAGCAGUCACUAUGGGUCACGUGGUGGCCUGGCCUGGACGCCACCGGCAUCAGGUGAGGGCUCGACACCCACUUGGACAGAGGGCACACCCAGUUUUACGGACUCCAGUUCGAGUGGUGAUCUCGACAACUUCUCGCCCAUAAACUCAUCUAAAAUCGAUCGACACAAGCCGACGGUGGAAGAUGCCAUCAACUCUCUGUCCUCGGGAAUGAUCAACUAACAUAGCAUGCGCUGAUGGAUGAAUUGAUAACACACAAGACACAACAAGAACAACAACAUCAACCAGAACAACAACAACAACAACUACUUCUUAUAUACAUGGUGCGAAUAGAUAUUGUAUUGAUCGGAAUGAAGUUGUGUAUUCGAGUGCACUUGUAUAGCUAGGAUAUAAUCAAAAGUAACGCGCCCUAUUUUCCCCCUUCCUCGUAGAACUCCAAGUACCACAGUUUUACAGACACAUCCACGACUCGUUAACGAAAUAUCGACUAUAGAGACGCAUAUACUAUAUAGUACACUGGAUACCAGCAAACAGAUAUCGUUCAACACGUAUACAAAAGAAACAUAUAAAAUACGCAUACGAUACAAUAAAUUUAUCUAUUUGCAACAAUAAUUAUAAUUGAUAUUAUACAACAACAACCAAAACAAAAAUAUAUAUAUAUACAGAGCAAAACUUAAGAUCAAAUAAGACGCAAACGUUAUCAACAUGCAAACAAAACCAUACUAUAUACCACAUACCUAUAAAGAAAUACCAGUUCCCGUUCCUUUUGCCCCGCGUAUAAUAUAUUGUGUAUGUAAUAAAGGUUCGUUCGGCGUUCAAAACUCGAAAAAUUAUUGACAAAAUGAAUGUAUGCAUAAUUAUAAUAUAUAUAUAUAUAUAUAUAUAUAUAUAUAUACAUACAUCUAUAUAUAUUGAAAACUAUACAAAAAUACAUUUAAUAUUAAAUAAAAUGUUUUUGCGAUACUUUCGAUCUCCGACGAUAUAUCCACAUACGUAUUAUGUACUUAUGUAUAAUCAGCAAUCGCGAUAUUACAAUAUUGUUGUAACAUAUUUAAAUUUAUAGGAUUGAAAACCAAAAAGCAAACAAAACAUAAGCAAACGCAAAAUUCUAUGCAUAUUACUUCAUUUGUAUUUAUUAAAUGUAAUUGUAAACAUCUUUUAGGUUUAAAUGACGCGCACUUUACAGACAAGGACACAGCUUAAACAGAACGGACAGACAGACAGACGAGUCAUUAGACCCACGGACUUUUACUCCAAACCGAUUACGAAUACGAAUGAAUUGAUUAUUUAUUAAUUAGUUGAAUGUUAUUUAACUUAUAUGCAUUAUUCUAAAGAUUACUGAAAUCCAAUUGUAAUUAAAUACAAUAAAUUAAAUUGCAAGGUUGAAUUUCCGGCUCUGCU